AUGACAGACUCCAGGAAUCCCGUCAUUGGCUUGCUGGGCGGUGGCCAGCUCGGGCGCAUGCUCUGCGAGGCGGCAAAUCCGCUCGGAAUCGACAUCGCCAUUCUCGACGAAGACAAGUCGCCCGCCAAGCAGGCGCACGACACCAGCCGCCAUGUCACCGGCUCCUUCAAGGACCCCGCCCGCAUUCGGGAGCUCGCGGCACAAUCCGACUUUUUGUCGGUCGAGAUCGAGCACGUCGAGACCGAGGUGCUCGAGGACAUCGAGAAGAACGGCGUCGAGGUGAAGCAGGCCGAUGGGUCCACCAAGACUCACAAGCCCCCCGUCCACCCGUCAUGGAGGACCAUCCGUCUCAUCCAGGACAAGUACCUCCAGAAGGAGCACUUCCGCACCAGCGACAAGGCCAUCCCUAUUGCCGACCAGGUCGCGAUCGAGUCCGGGCCGGCCGCGUCCUCCUCACUCAAGGCGGCUGCCGCCAAGUUCGGCUUCCCUUUCAUGCUCAAGGCACGGAAGGGCAGCUACGACGGGCGGGGCAACUUCAAGGUCAGCAGCGAGGCCGACUUCGACGCCGCCGUCAAGGCACUUGGCGGCCUGAGCCUGUAUGCGGAGAAAUGGGCCCCCUUUGUUAAGGAGCUGGCCGUCAUGGUUAUCAGGACGGAGGACGACAACGGCAGGCUCAAGAGCUGUGUCGCUUAUCCCGCCGUUGAGACCAUCCACGAGGACAGCAUCUGCACCAAGGUUUUCAUGCCGCCGAGGAACGUCUCGGAGACGGUGUGUGAGGCCGCCAGGAAGCUGGCUACCGAGGUGGUUAGCACCCUAUGGGGCCGGGGCGUCUUUGCCGUAGAGAUGUUUCUCCUCGAGGACGGUUCCCUGAUGGUCAACGAGGUCGCCCCUCGGCCUCACAACUCCGGUCACUACACCAUCGAGGCGGUUCCGCAAAUGUCGCAGUACAAGGCGCAACUCCAUGCCGUCCUCGACUUGCCUGUUCCCCAAAAGCUAACCCCCAGGGUUUCCUCCUCCAUCAUGCUCAACAUCCUCGGUGGCGCCACCCCUUCCGCUCACCUCAAGCUGGUCGAGCUGGCUCGGAACACUAUUGACGAUGACAUGGACGUCUACCUGCACCUCUACAACAAGGCUUCCAAACCCGGCCGCAAGAUCGGCCACAUCACGCUAACCAGCGCCUCCCCGAUCCACGAGCUAGAAGCCAAGGCCAAGCCCCUCAUCGAACUCGUCGAUCAGAUCCGCAUCGAUCGCAUCAACGCUUCCGCCGAGACGCUCCGGCCAAAGCAGGACCCCCCCGCCACUUCCUCUUCCUCGCCUGCCCCUGCGACAGAGCAAAAGAAGCCCCUCGUCCUCAUCACGAUGGGCUCCGACUCGGACCUGCCGGUGCUCAAGGCCGGGCUGGACAUCCUGCGCGAGUUCGGCGUGCCCUACGCGCUGGACAUUACGUCGGCACACCGUACCCCGCGGUACAUGAUGCGCGUGGCCGACGAGGCGGCCGGGCGGGGCAUCAAGGUGAUCAUCGCCGCGGCCGGAGGCGCCGCCCACCUGCCGGGCAUGCUGUCGUCCGAGACGCCGCUGCCCGUAAUCGGCGUGCCCGUCAAGGCGACACACUUGGACGGGAUUGACAGCCUGUUGAGCAUCGUGCAGAUGCCGAGGGGCGUGCCGACUGCUACGGUGGGCAUCAACAACUCAACGAACGCGGCGUUGCUGGCGAUCCGGAUCUUGGGCUCCUUUAUGCCCGAGUACCAGGACAAGAUGAGGAAGUACCAGGGCGAGAUGGAGGAGCAGGUCAUUGUGAAGGGGAACAAAUUACGGGAAGUCGGGGACAUCGAGUACCUCGCUGCUAAGGGCAAAUGA